AUGGCGUCGUCUCUCCCUCCCAAUAUCCACGUUUCUAAACACCCUUGUCUUCGCGCAAAGCUCAGCCAGCUGAGAUCCAAGAGUACCAAUGCUCGCGAGACAAAGAGCCUAAUCCAUGAGAUUACCUUGUUGUUGGGGACCGAGGCGCUUGGGCAACUCGACAUUGAAUCGACUGGAACAGCUGAGACCCCCAUAGGAUAUGAGUAUCCCUAUGAGGCCAUAAACUGCUCCAAACUCACCGUUGUCCCCAUUCUGAGAAGCGGACUCGGUAUGGUUGAAGCAAUACAAACUCUCCUGCCUGACUCUGUUUCGGUCCACCAUCUCGGCCUCUUCCGCGAAAAGAUGACUCUGCAACCCGUCGAAUACUACAACAACCUGCCUCAAUCCCCGGAGUCAGUAGCGAAACUUGCCAUUGUCGUCGACCCCGUCUGCGCCACAGGUGCGACAGCAUGUGCCGCGAUCCAGAUCCUGAGGGAUUGGGGCGUUGAGAAGAUCAUCUUCUUGUGUGUUUUGGGGGCCCUCCCGGGUAUAGAAAGAGCCUCUGCGGAAUGGCCAGAAGGCACACAAGUAUGGGCGGGUGGCAUAGACGAUGCCCUGACUGAUAAAGGCAUGAUAAAACCGGGUCUCGGGGACGUUGGCGAUCGUCUUUUCCUGACCCUAGGGAAAUAG